AUGGGAUCUAAAGGGCCUCCUCCAGUGACAAUCCAUGUGACAGGUUUCAAGAAAUUCUGUGGAGUUUCAGAGAAUCCAACUGAGACAAUUGUUAGUAAUCUGAAAGAGUAUAUGAAGAAAAAAGGUUUGCCCAGAGGGCUGAUCCUUGGCAAUUGUGUUAUCCUCGAGACUGCAGGACAAGGAGCUGUUGUUCCCUUGUAUCAGACAUUACAAUCUGCUUUGGGCCCAGAGAAUUCUGGAUCAGCGAAUAAUUCAAGGAGAAUUAUUUGGCUACAUUUUGGAGUUGAUAUUGGAGCCACAAGGUUUGCUAUUGAGAGUCAAGCUGUCAAUGAAGCUACAUUUUAUUGUCCAGAUGAGAUGGGAUGGGAACCUCAGGUCUGA